GGAAAGUCGGAGACUUUUGGGCGGCCAGCCAAGCGUCGAUUGGUACAUACGGACAGCAAUGUGAUUGACUAAGCACAGCUGCCCCUACAAGGCACAUAAAGGCGAUGGAGAUUCGGACUUCGUGCAGUUUCUUAAGUAACACACCUACUCUAACAUUCAUCUCAUAAUCGACCCAACUUCUGCAACUAUGGCCGACGAAUUCUUCCGUCAGCUGCCCAAGUUCGAUCCCGCAGACGCUCAAACUUACGAUGCGACAUGUCACUGCGGAACGGUGAAAUAUUCAGUUACACUCACCCCGCCGCUUCCUAAGUGGAAGGUUUGUUCGUGCAACUGCUCUAUUUGCGCUCGAAACGGGUAUUUGCUUGUGUAUCCGCUACGCGAACAACUCAAGGUGACGAGCGGUGAGGACGCCUUGAAGUCAUACUCGUUUGGUCGCAAGAUGAAUCAGCACAAGUUUUGCACGAAUUGCGGGAGUAGCGUGUUCUUCGAUCCAAGGAUGAAGGAGCAGGGCUACAAUCUAGAUCUGCUGGGAAUAAAUGUUCGGAUGUUUAAAGGGGUCAGUUUGGAUGAACUGAACCUUGUCAAGUUUGACGGCUGGAGCGGUUGGCCUUUUGUUGACUCGGAUCACCUGAAAUAAAUUCAUUAUGUUGCUAGUAUAGGGUGUAAUGCGAGAGCUUAUUAUGAUGUGGUCAGGAAGAAGAUGCUGGUUAAAAUGGAAGGAGGAAGGG